CGGCCCUGCGUCUUUCCUACGGCGGUGAGGCGACUUCGGGCGGCGGUCCGCCUCGGCCGGGCAUGGCGACAUGGUGCCCGGUGGCGGCAGCGCCUCUGCUCCGCGGGAGCCGUGGGUACCCUCUUCUGCUCUGUGCACAUCGGAUGUUUACCUCCCAGACUGAAGGGGAGCUCAGAGUGACCCAGGUUCUCAAGGAGAAGUUUCCUAGAGCAACAGCUAUCAAAGUUACAGACAUUUCAGGAGGCUGUGGGGCCAUGUAUGAAAUUAAAAUCGAAUCAGAAGAAUUUAAGGAGAAGAAGACUGUCCAGCAGCACCAGAUGGUCAAUCAGGCACUAAAAGAAGAAAUCAAGGGGAUGCAUGGCCUGCGGAUAUUUACCUCCGUCCCCAAAUGCUGACCACAUCUUGGCUGUGUAGAUGCUGCUGCCUGUGCCUUGGGUUAAUUUCAUGGACAGCAUUCUUGCAGAAGAGUUCUUGCCAAAAAAUUUAUCUAUUUUUGUUCAUAGACAUUUCUAUAUUAUAAUUAUAAAACAUAUGCUACCUAUCUAUAUGUUAAUAAAGGCCAGAAGACACCUGAUGCUUACAAAAAUCAUGA